AUGUCUGGCAAGGACGACGACCUGUUCUUUGUGACCAACGUGCAGAAGGCGGGCAUUCUGUUCAAGCGCCCGUUCUUGCACGUCUCUGGCAAAUGGCAGCGCCGCUUCUUUGUUCUCAAGGACGGCUUUAUGCUGUAUUAUGCGGAGAAGGAGGCCAAGACAUUUGCCGAGACUGGAAACUUCAACAUCCAUCCCAAGGGCGUCAUUCCACUGGGAGGGUGCCUGGUCAAUCACACGACGGAGACCGACAAGCCAUAUGCCAUCUCCAUCAACCACCCAGACUUUGGCGAGUCAAACGUCAUCGUCGCCACAGACACAGAGGAAUCCUUGAAGGAUUGGAUUGACAAGAUCAAGGAGUGCACGCGCAUCACGUACAAGAACGCCCAAGUUGGCGAGACGAUGAUCAAGUGUCUCAAGGCCAAAUCGGAGGUCAUUGAGGAGCAGCGCAAGGAAAACCAGGAGAAGCUCGAGGCGGAGACGCUUGCGCUGCAAGAGGAGCGAGAGCUUCGGGAACAGAUUGAGGAACAACUGCGGCAGCUGCAGGCGGAGAAGGAAGCAAAGGAGCAGGAAGCGAUGCAACUCAAGGAGCGAGAGGCCGAGCAGAGACAGUCAGCGAUGGAGGAGCGAGCAAUGUCGCUUGAGCAGGACCGCAAGUCAACACACCAGCAGCUGCUGGAUGCACAGACGCAGAUGCAGACGAUUGCGCACGAGAUGGAGAGCGCGUCCACAACAGCGGAGCAGCUGCAGGUGAAGCUCUCUGAGGCGCAGCUUGAGCGGCAGCGCGCGGAGGAGCAGGCCCUGCGAGAAUCGGAGGAACGCCUCAAAUUGGAGAAGAAGUUGAAAUUGGCGGAGGAUGCCCUGCUGCGGCUGGACAAGGCGCUCAGGGACAGCGGCGUUAAGCGCAGCGAGCUCGUGGCGGCCGAUGUGAAGCAGCUCAAGUCGUUCUUUGAAGACGUCUUGGACGACCAGUUCUGGGAUUCGCAGAAGUCGAUCAUCAUGGAGAGCGCGGUGAAGGCGCGGCCGGAGUACCAAUCGUUUGAGCUGCGUACUGCUGUCGACGCAAAGAAGAAGGAGGUCAAGGCAAGGGGUGGCCCCCGCACGAUGGCACAGAGCACCAGCAGCGCGAACAGCGGGGAUGGAAGCGUUGGUGGCGGAAGCGGUGAUGGUAGUGUUGGUGGUGGGAAUGCUGAUGGCGGCGAUGGUGAUGUGGUCACGGCACCGGCGCAACCGGUGGAGUGAGGGCGGCGGCAGCGGUGUCGGUGUUGCAUAAUGGACCUCAAACGAUCGACGUGAAGCGGCUCUGUCUGUCUGUUGCACUCUGUGACGUGUGGUUGUUGUCAAUGCAUGGUUUUGUCGUCCACAGUCGUAUGCGUUUACGUUUUCGUGCGUGCGUAUGUGUGCAUUCAUGCAUGUGUGGUUUUGCUUUUUGUAUCGUAUCAUCAUAGCACGUGUUGUUGUGCGAGAUACAUUGUUACAUUACAUUCAUCGCUGUUCUGAGUGUGCGGCUCAGGAACGAAGCAGGGCCUUCUUUUUGUUUCGUGUGUGUGCAUGUGUACGUGUGUUGGUGGCUUGUCAUCCUUGUGACUUUGUGCUUUGCCUGCCCCUCCAUCCGUGUGUAUCAGUGUGUGUGUGCGUGUGUGUGUGUGUGUGUGUGCAUAAUGUGCUUGUUUCGUUUUGUUCAACAUGAACGCCUCAGUGCAAUGCGUGAGAGACACUGCAAAACAACUACAGCCGCAUUGUUUAUUGCAGGGGAAGAUAGUGCCGAUUGCUGGCGAAAUGCUCCACAAAGUAUCCCAGCCCCGCCUCCUCAUACAACGCCUUCGUCAACGUG